CACUUAUCGGCGCCGGCGACCAGGCCAACAUCUGUCUGCUACAGGCCGGCCAGAGGCGCUACUGCGAGGCGGAGGGUGAAUACUUCAUCAAGGGCAUCCUGCCAGUCGGCCGCGUGAAUUUAAUGUAUCCGACGCAGUGGCCGGCAGAGCGGAUCAAGAACGAGCAUACGGCACUCGACCUCGUGAAAGAGAAAACCAAUAUCCCGGUACCCAGGGUCCUCGAGAGCGGUUUCCACGAUGAGUUUGGCUACUACCUGAAGCUGGAGUGGGCGGACGGUAUCGACCUGGGCGAUAUUGUUGACGGGAGAGGUGCCGGGGCGGCCUGCCUGGUGAUGCCCGGCCAGGACGGACAUGCGAGCUCGGGUCGGUGCGACAAAUGCCGAGCUAUAGCGAUGGCAAACGCAGACCUUUUCGUGCGUGAGGUGGUUUACCCGGCGCUGGAGGGGUUACGGAGCUGCCAGACCGGACUGAACGGCACUGUGGUCCCGCCGCCGUGGAUCAGCGAUGACGACCGGCGCGAGUACUGGCCCGUUAAGACGUCCGACAGCGCCGUAGGAACGGAUCCCUCCUUCGUCCUCUGCCACGGCGAUCUGUCCUAUCACAACAUACGCGUCGACCCCGCCACCCUCCAGGUUAAAUGGCUUUUCGACUGGGAGUACGCCGGCUUCUUCCCCGAGGAGUUCAUGCGCAUCUUCUCCCCUACUCGCGCCGACUACGGACGCCUGUACAAUAAAGACGAGCGCAAACAGCGCUUUAUCGACUUGCUCGAGUAAUUGAGGUUUUCUAUACCAACCUCUAUUCUUUCGUUCGUCUGGCUCGACGGAUGCACUAAGGGAGAGGGAGGGAGAAGGUGGCUUGAAGAGCCCCGCAAGCCAGCAAGGCGUCGGUGUCGGGUCACAAGAGAAGAAACUACGCUGAAAAACCUACUCUUCCCCCCCAAACUGACGAGUGGCAUCAACUUAUAUCCACCAUUGCAGCAGAGCAACACAUCGACGAGAUUCUCGAUUUAGCAGCUGACCCAGAUCAGGAUGAUCUUGAAAGCAGCGACGUCGGCGACGUCGAAGAUGGCGAUGGCCAUGACGAUGAUCAUUCUUCUACCAUUGACGACGCUGACAGCCACCACCUCAGUGGGCAAAGCAUUGAUUGCUUAACGUUGAACACAGUCCUUGAUGGCCUGGUCGCAGCCUAUAAUCAAGAGAUACCUAAACUUAACUCUAGUAAGUAA